AUGAUGCCUACGAUAGGGCCGGCGUGGGCCUCAUACACUAUUGAAGAGGUUGAUGGAAAGGUUGUAUUAGUACAACAGCAAACUACCGAAGAAAAGCCAGUCAUAUCAAAUGCCGGGAGUCAUCUUGAUGCCAGCGUUGCAAUCAAGACCGAGCACGAGGACUCCGACUCAGGCAAUCUUUUCUCUAUCACGCCAGACCACACUGCCACAAUCGAUAUCUACAACGAGCUCUUCAGCGCAUUCUAUAACGUCCCCAUAAACAUCCCGACUACAAACAUCGCCGCCUCUCUCACUCACUCCGAACAAUUCACCAAGCUCGCCGAAGACCUGGGCUGCUUGGGCAAUCUUCCCAAUCUAAGAUCACAGAUCAAUGCCACCCUUCUCCUACACCGACAUGCGCUCCUACGUGCAAUCAAAAACGACCCCGCGCGCUGGCUUUUGCUCUCGCUCUCCCUCCACAACGACUCGAUAUACACCGAAGCACUGAUCCACAUGUCAGGCGCGCACCCCAGUUGGCCAUGGCCGACGCCGCGUUCCUCUCUCCCAGAAGAGAUCGUCCGCCUCAUCACGGCUAAGAGCUUCGAGCUAAACCAACGUUGCACAGAGAUAGAGCGUGACCUGCUCUUACUCACUAUCAACGUCGGCCGCGGUGCGAGCAGCCACCCCGUGUCUCUCCUUGUCAACUCUGAAUUUGACACGUGGUUUGUAGUCUCAACGUUCCGGUCUAUCCUCGCUCAAGAGUUCACCAACCUCCACGACGACGACAAGGGCUCUCUCCGCCGUGGCACCAUGUAUCGAAAGAUCUGGAAGGGGGAGGGUUACAUGCCGUACGAAAAUAUGAGGCGUAUGAUGGAACAGGUCAUGCCGUCCGCAGUACAGAAUCUGAGCGAAGAUCUGGCGAUUCUGAAGAGAGAAGCAAGUGCGUAUGUGAAGGAUCUGGCGAAGAACGAGGCUCUGCUUGAUGUGGAGGGGCAGAAGUACCAGACCGAAAAUUUGCAAGAUCUCAAGGCGAUGUAG